UUUUAUACGAAUCCUGAGUGUCAAGGAAAAUGCCAUCUUAUCUGUUCUUUUCUUUCUUGCCUAGGAAUUUAGAAGCUCCUGAAAUACCAGUGUAUUCUGUGAAAGGUCAUAAGGAAAUCAUAAACAGUAUAGAUGGUGUAGGUGGCUUAGGAAUUGGGGAAGGUGCACCAGAAAUUGUGACUGGCAGUCGAGAUGGAACUGUGAAGGUAUGGGACCCGAGACAGAAAGAUACUCCUGUCGCUAAUAUGGAACCCGUACAGGGGGAGAGCAAAAGAGACUGCUGGACAGUAGCAUUUGGCAAUGCUUACAAUCAAGAGGAACGUGUUGUAUGUGCUGGAUACGACAAUGGGGACAUUAAAUUGUUUGACUUAAAAACCAUGUCACUACGAUGGGAGACCAACAUUAAGAAUGGGGUUUGCAGCGUGGAGUUUGACAGAAAAGAUGUAAAUAUGAACAAACUAGUGGCCACAUCGCUUGAGGGAAAAUUUCAUGUUUUCGAUAUGAGAACUCAGCAUCCAACCAAAGGUUUUGCUUCUGUUUCGGAGAAGGUGCAAAAAUCUACCAUAUGGCAGGUUCGGCACCUACCACAGAACAGAGAUAUAUUUAUGACGAGUGGAGGAGCUGGCAGCCUUCAUCUCUGGAAAUAUGAGUACCCAGCUCAGCGCUCGAAGAAGGAUUCUGAAGGAGCUGAGAUGGGGGUGGCAGGUUCAGUCAGCCUCUUGCAGAAUGUGACUCUGUCAACGCAGCCGAUUUCUAGCCUAGACUGGAGCCCUGACAAAAAGGGACUGUGUGUUUGUGGUGCCUUUGACCAAACUGUGAGGGUGCUGAUAGUUACGAAGCUUAACAAAGUUUGACAGGAAAACUAGAAUUUCUGAUGAGAAAGCAAUAUAGUUUGCAGUCUGUAAAUAUGGGAGAGCCCUCCUGUUUCCAAUUUAAUUUCUCCCUUAUUAAAACUGGAUUAAAGAAAUAGAAACCAGAUCUUUCUAUUGAAAGUUCAGAUACACGCCGUUAGAGUUGUUUGACCGAUUGUGCUGGCAUGACUUGAAGUUGCCCGGGCACAAAACUUUCACCUUCUAGAAAUGUGAAUUUAAGUUUAAAAUAAAAUGUGCCUUUGUGUUAACGCAACCUGUAAUUUCAGAAAUCAUUUUAAAUUGUUUGUGUUCAGUUUAAUUACAGUGCAAAUCUGUUCACACUUGUUAAAUGGUUUGGCUUUUUUAUAUGUAGUAUUGUCCAUAUGCAUUCAUGCAAUGGAAACUACUAUAUACUCCCUCACAGAAACUUUGUGUUAUUGGAUAUAUUAAUUAGAAUGUUUGUUAAAGUGACUUAGGAUUCUUUAAUACACUAUAGAAGCUAUAAUGAAUGCUGAAAUAGUCAGGUUUAAUGGAGUAAGCUUUUUAUUGAAGGUCGUAUUGAAAUUAAAAUACUGAGCAAAAUGCACUGUUUUAUUAUUUUAGUUUGGUUUUGUAACAAGUUUUUAUGUUCUGUUGUUUUUAUAUCUGUUUGUAGCUUGGUAUUCUACAAAUAAAAUUAUAUGGAGUGUUGUCUUAAUAUGA